AUGCUCGGAAAAGUAACCGAGGAGCUGGCCGCCAAGUACAGAGUCCACCGCACAACGCUGUGGUGCUGGGCUAAGGCAGAGGGCAACAUCAUCAAGGCUCAAGUAGCAAAGCCGAAAAAGAAGAUUGCCAAUCCGUGCAAAUACGGCCAACGUUCAUCAUCAGCCUCCGUUCGAUCCGCAACCCCCACCGAGCACAAGCCAUCUCAGACCACAACCACCGCGACCCCGGAAGACCGUGGUGACCACAAGUCCAGAGCACGGAACGAAUACCAGAUCCGCUACUGGCACGUACGCAAGGUGACGGAGAUGUCUUUUUGGCACUACGAAAACCGUAUCGCUACGCGCCGCGAGCGUCGCGAACAAUGGACUUCGGGACCGUCUCCGACUUCGUUCUACAACGCCAAGCGGACACCUACUGCGUUCAAGACGCACUGCGGGACGCUGUGGUAUCGAGCGCGUGUCCAAGCAGCUCGUAAUCACAACGCGUUGAAAUUUGACGUCGAGAAGCCAGUGACGUCCCCACCUGUAAACGCAGUCUGGCUAAGCGGCAGCGUGCCUUCCGAUGUCGUCAAUUUGGAUGCUGGAGCGGCUGCCAAAUCGGUAACACCAGCGAGCUACGACGACCACGACGACCUCAACCGCAUAAUCUUAGAAUUCAUGAAUGAAAGUACCGCUGUCCACCUCCCCUCUGCCGAUACAAAUGCUCUUGUUACAAAUCGCGGUGCGUGUUACGGCCUCGCGACCAAGCAGUGCGAGCGGCGCGAGAAGGCAAUAUCUCGCACGAGCUUCUUCAAGCACAAGAAGAGCUGCAAGGGCAUUAAAGUGCACGGCUCUUGGGAGGUCGGCGCGGCACAUAUCCAGGAGACAUGCAAGGCAAUGAGUGCAUACAAGGAGGAAAUGAUUACGGCAGAUGAGAACACGAUUUUUGGAGAGCGGAUAUGUCUUCAAAUAUUGGGACUACCACACGGCAAGAUAUCGUGCAAAGGACUGUAA